UGGCAUAUCACCUGACUCGAACAGAUCCCUCAACCUCCUUAGUCUCGUCUCGAGAAAUGAGACUGCUGAACCCGCAUACAAUCUGCCUAGGGGCCAGAUUUCGGUCUCAAAACCUCCAUCGAGUGCAUUUCAAUCACAGAAAACACUGCAGUGGUCAUGAUCUCUACUUCUCUGACAAACCCGCGCCGUGACCUGCCUGCAACCCGCACGGGAGGCUUUCUAAGAGCACUGAAUGUCGAUCUUGAAUGACUUGAUUUCCUCGAAUCUGGACUGGACUGGCCUCGGAUGCUAUCAGUUUCAUACACUGCACAGCGGUGUUGUCGGGGACACACCAUCAAUCGCGAGAGUCUCUGGACCUGUCUAGAACGCGCCCUGGGUACAAAUGGAUCGGCCGAGAAAACAGGCAGUGGGUUAGACUUCCAGCGCCGCUUCACGCUUUCGUUCUUCUUUCAUCUCCCCUCCCGUCCCCCGGACGUCCCGCUCUUGACGAAGCGAACCUCCGACCCCAUCCUCUCUUUUAACGGUCUGACUGGCCUCAGAUCUAACUUGAAGACGUUCUUUAUCUCGACGACUUGAUACGCACGCAGCAAUGGGAGAGAGUUGGUUUCGGCGGGAGUUCAUGAAUGGACGCCGGCUGACUUUUAACAUUCUGUUCUAUGGAAUCCACAUCUUCUGGUUUGCCUAUGGAUGGCACAGUCAGAAAACCAACCAGAAGCUUGCCGUGCUCAACUUGCUCACUUACUCGGUGUGGGUGUCCCGUGGCGCCGGCUUGGUGCUGGCGCUCGACUGCGGCCUGAUCUUGAUUCCGCUGCUCCGCAAUAUUAUCCGAUUUGUGCGCCCCAAGAUGUCGUGGCUCUUUCCUGCGGACGAGAACUUGUGGUUCCAUCGACAAGUCGCGUACUCGAUGGCGUUCUGGAGCGCCGUGCACACCUCUGGCCACUAUGUCAACUUUAUCAAUGUCGAGCGCACCCAGGUCCGCAAGGAGAGAGCGCUCGAUAUCCACUACACGCAAGCGGGUGCCCUCACUGGCCACUUUAUGCUGCUCAUGAUGCUGCUGAUGUACACGACGGCGCAACAGAAGGUCCGAAACCAGUGUUUCGAGGCGUUCUGGUACACCCACCAUCUGGCCUUCUUCUUCAUGAUCGGUGUGUACACCCACGCCACGGGCUGUUUCGUGCGCGACACCGUCAACCCAGCCUACACAGAUACGUUCCCGUUCUAUGACCCGAAGCACUGCCUCGGAUACCUCAGCUGGCGCUACAUCAUCUGGCCUGGCAUCAUCUAUUUCGGCGAACGUGUCUGGAGAGAAAUCCGUGCCCGCCGUGCUACGAGACUGUCUCGUGUCCUAGUGCACCCCAGCGGUGCAAUGGAACUGCGUAUCGACAAACCCAGCUUCAAAUAUCAACCUGGGCAAUGGUUGUUCCUACAAGUUCCGGAAUUGUCGAUCUGGCAAUGGCAUCCCUUCACAAUCACCUCGGCACCUGAAGACCCUUACGUCUCGGUGCAUGUGCGUCAAGUCGGCGACUGGACCCAUGCCCUCGGCGAACGCCUUGGUGUCGGCCCAUCAGUGGUCGCGUCCAUGACCAAGUCUGCGAUGAAAGGCUCCGAGACGGACGAGAAGGCUACUGGUCUGCGGGGUGACUUUGUCGAGCUUGAUGCCAGCACUACUGGCUCGAUGCCCGUCGUCCGCAUCGAUGGUCCGUACGGCGCUCCGACCGAGGACGUCUUCGACGUCGAGGUCGCAGUCCUGAUCGGCGCCGGUAUCGGUGUCACGCCCUUUGCCUCGAUCCUGAAACACAUCUGGUACCGCCAGCGCAAGGGAAACUUGGGCACGCUGCGGCGCGUCGAGUUCUUCUGGAUUGUCCGCGAUGCACCGUCUUUUGGUUGGUUCCAGAGCCUGCUUUCGGAGGUCGAGGCAGCGCAAGCCGAUCCCAACUUCCUUCGCAUCAAUAUCUACCUCACGCAGAAGAUCAGCGAGGAUAUGCUGUGGAACAUCGCUGUCAACGAUGCAGGUUCAGCCUAUGAUCCUCUGACCUUGCUGCGCACCAGGACAUCCUUCGGUCGUCCCGACUGGUCCACCAUCCUCGGAUCGAUGAGCCAGGCCAUCCAGGACGGCCACUAUCUUCCUGGAUCUAGCGAGCAGCUCAAGACCAAAGUCGGGACCUUCUUCUGUGGACCCACUCCCCUUGCGAAGGUCAUCAAAUCCGCCUGCGAGCACACCAGCAACGCCCGUGUCGAGUUCACGUUCGCGAAGGAACACUUCUGA